AUGCAAAUUUUGUAUCGCAAGUUCCCCGCGGGCGGCGCUCGCCUAACGCUAUGUACAGAGUCUUUGGCCUCACAGUCGAGUCGCUACAACUACACGUCACUCGGCGGGCGCGGAGCCCUCGCCGCCCUACCCGACGCGGACGAGUUCGAGGACGACGACGCGGAGAGCAACCUCGGCUCGGAGGACUCGCUGGACGAGGACAAGAGCGAGCCCAAGGCGGCGUCGGCGCCGGCGCGCUCCAGCCGCCGCAAGCCCGCCGCGCCGCAGUGGGUCAACCCCGACUGGCAGGACGACAAGCCGCGCCGCCCCGACGAGGUCAUCAUCAACGGCGUGUGCGUGAUGCGCAGCGACGACUUCCGGCGCGAGGCGGAGCCCACCGUGCGGGUGGAGCCCUCGCCCGCGCGGGAGCCCGCGCCCGCGGCGGAGCCCGAGCCCGCGCUGGCGCCCGACGACAUCAAGACGGAGGCGGAGGACCAGUGGGAGUACUAGGGCGGCGAGGGCUCCGCGCCCGCCGAGUGACGUGUAGUUGUAGCGACUCGACUGUGAGGCCAAAGACUCUGUACAUAGCGUUAGGCGAGCGCCGCCCGCGGGAACUUGCGAUACAAAAUUUGCAUUUCGCUUUAAUUUUAUAUGUAUUACGCGCCCGGAAGGGGCGCGGCCAACUGAAUAUUUUAAGUGCGGCUCGUCACACUUUAGAUUCGAUCGUUGUAAAUAAAUAUACCAAAUAUGUGGAACCCGAGACGCGGUCCUGUAAAUAUGUACGUAGGAUACGAGAUUGUCGACUGGCGUGUGACCGACGCGAGCCGUCGCCGAUUAGUUAAGUGUAGAGUACGUUUAUUGUUAAAUAAAUUUUAAAGUGCAAUCAGAUGUAAAUUUAAGUAACGGUAUACUGUAUCCCAGUUGAAAAGUAUUAUUAUGUUUAUAUGAACCGGUGAGGUUAAAAAUAUUAUUAUUGGGUUAUGUGAGUUUCACUUUAAAUUAUGGAUGUUUAUUUUAUACAAUUUUAUGUUUUUCUACGAUUAUUAUGUAAUACAUAAGCAGUAUGGCUCAAAGUUGUGAUGUAUAUUAUCUGUCACUGUAUAUCAUAGACAAUUUCUUCACGAGAUCUAUAGACCCUACUUUUGUAACAGACUUAGUGAUUUUAAAAAAAGAAUGUACAAAUUCAAACACAAAUUAUCCUACAGAUAAGCAAAUGAUGUAUUGCUUGUGGUUAUAGAUUUAUUUUAUUUUUAGCAAUAAAUUUGCUUUUAAUCUUAUUUUGAAUUUUUGUUGUUUUAUUUUUUGUUUUAUUAUCCCUUUUGUUUUUCUCGUAAUUAGAUUAUAUCGAUAAUUGAAAUGUACAUUUAAACGGGAACCAUACCCCUUGCAUCGAUGUAAAUAAUAUUCAGUUAUUAUUGUGUAAAUAUAAAAUGCCACAUAAAAUUAGUUAGCGAAAUAGUUGAUUAGGUAUAGUGAGCCCAAAAUUAUACGUAAACGGGGUUAUCAUAAAGGAAAAUUUUUAACUUUUGACAAUGUUGAACAAAUUAACGAAAUUCUUAAUAGCGCUAGGCCCCUCCCGAGGUUUAUUAUUGAAUUUUGAAAGACUUAAAUGCAAUUUUUCAAUACUUCAGUUUUAUAGCAUUACCAACUCCAUACAUAUCGAUGUUAAAUAUGAAAAUAAGUCUAGAAAUAAGAUUUAGCAUGUAAUAGUCAAUAUUACAUUAGGCUGUUUAACAGUAACGAAUUGUUUAUUUCAUAAAUGUAUCGGAAGAUACUUGACAGAGUUUAAUUUUUAAAUAUAACGAUAUCUAUGGUACGUUGCUUUUUCGUCUGUGUUUUGAAGUAGCUUUUGCUUUAUGGAUAUUUACAGAAUUUAUAAUUAUCAUUGUUGGAAUGGGUCAGAGUAUUCUGUGAUGCCAAACAUUCGAAAAAAAUAUUUUCUUAUUAAUGGCACAAAACAAUUUUAUGUGAUAAACAAAUACAUGCUAAAAUAUAAUGUUUUAUGUCUAAAUGCCAUGUAUUACAUAAAAAUUAUUUAAAUAUUAUUCAAUCACAUGUUUGUAAAAAUGACGUUCAAAAAUAGAAUACUGAAAAGACUGACUGCUUUUCUAAUUUACCAAUGAACUGGCUCUGUUAUAACGUUACGAAAAGUACAGUGCAUCCAGAAUAUUCUAAAUAACCUAUAAUUUGACUUUAUAGUUUGUAU